AAUUUAAAUUGGUUAACAUUGCUCUAAUUAGUCAAAUUUCAAUCCUAAUCUAUAAUCUGAUACAAAUUUUACAGUAUCAAAGAAACCUCAGCCUAAAAAUUACUCUACACGUUAAGUAAAAUUUCUGAACACACCACAAACCCGAAUGAAAAUCGAGCAAAUAGUACAAAUCAAUAAUUAGUCGGAUAAACUUCAAUUUCCACAGUACGAGUAAUCGGUAAGAUUGCAGGAAGCACUGUUCCUAGAAUAAACUUUAGAAACUAAAGUUUCGCAAAUAUUUAAAAAUGGAUGCUGACCUGUAUGAUGAAUUUGGGAAUUAUAUUGGUCCCGACUUGGCGUCAGAGAGCGAGGACGAAAAUGAAUAUGGCAACGUUGGCGACGAUACCGAGGACAGAGAAAGGUCGGAUGAAGAAAUGGAAGAAGACAAAGAUGAGUCUCGAGAGCACGCAGACCAAGGUUCUUCUAUGGCAGUUGUGUUACACGAAGAUAAACGAUAUUAUCCCACUGCAUUGGAGGUAUAUGGGCCCGAGGUAGAGACACUCGUGCAAGAGGAGGAUGCUCAGCCUCUGGACAAACCAUUGAUAGCUCCUACUAGGAAGCCAAAGUUUCAAAUCAAGCAGCAACAGCUCCCAGAAACGACAUAUAACAUCGAAUUCCUAGCAGACAUGAUGGACGCGCCGCAUUUGAUCAGAAACGUCGUCCUACUGGGGCAUCUUCAUCAUGGCAAGACCACCUUGGUCGACUGUUUAGUGCGACAGACACAUCCUUAUCUGCACAGCGUAACCGAGGAGAAGCCACUGAGGUACACGGACACCUUGUUCACGGAGCAACAGAGAGGCGUCUCUACGAAAGCGACUCCCGUGACGCUGUUAUUGCAAGACGUGAAAUCCAAGUCGUACCUUCUGAACAUAUUCGACACACCAGGUCAUGUGAACUUCUCCGACGAGGCGACGGCGGCGAUCCGGCUGUCGGACGGCGCGAUACUGAUCGUCGACGCGGCGGAGGGCGUGAUGCUCAACACCGAACGCCUUCUGAAGCACGCCCUUCAAGAGAGGCUCGCCCUGACGGUCUGCAUCAACAAGAUAGACCGCCUCGUGCUGGAGCUGAAGCUGCCGCCGUUGGACGCCUACUACAAACUGCGGCACAUCAUCGAGGAGAUCAACGGACUGAUAUCGAUGUACUCGGACAACGAUAAUCCCACCUUCGUGUCCCCGGCUGUGGGUAACGUGUGCUUCGCCAGCUCGGAGUACAACGUGUGCUUCACCCUGAAGUCGUUCGCCGCGCUCUAUGCCAGAAGCCAUCCCGGGUUAAACGCCAACGAGUUCGCCAAGCGGCUCUGGGGCGAUAUCUACUUCAAUCCCAAGACGCGCAAGUUCACGAAGAAACCGCCGCACAACACAGCGCAGCGGAGCUUCAUCGAGUUCAUCCUGGAGCCGCUGUACAAGAUAUUCGCCCAGGUCGUCGGCGACGUAGACACGACCUUACCCGACGUUCUAGACGAGCUGGGUAUACGCUUGACCUCCGAGGAGAUGAAGAUGAACAUUCGACCGCUCCUGAGGCUCGUCUGCACGCGAUUCCUCGGAGAUAUGUGCGGCCUGGUCGACAUGUGCGUCACCCACGUGCCCAGUCCCCAAGCACACGCACCCACCAAAGUGCAGCACGUCUACACCGGCCCGAUGGACUCGCUGCUCGCGCAGGACAUGGUUAAUUGCGACCCGGACGGUAGAUUAAUGAUUCACAGUACAAAGAUGUAUCCUACCGAGGAUUGCACGCUGUUCGUGGUGCUCGGCCGGGUGAUGUCCGGUACGCUGGAAGCAGGACAGCGGGUUCGCGUGCUGGGGGAGGCGUACUCGCGUACGGACGAAGAGGACUCGCGCGUCCUCACGGUGGGCAGGCUGUGGAUCAGCGAGGCGCGUUACUCGAUCGAGCUGAGCCGAGUGCCCGCUGGCAACUGGGUGCUGAUCGAAGGUAUCGACCGACCGAUCGUAAAGACCAGCACGAUCACGGACCUCGAGAACUCCGAGGAGCUGCACAUCUUCCGGCCGCUCAAGUUCAACACGCAGAGCGUCAUCAAGAUCGCGGUCGAGCCGGUCAAUCCGUCCGAGCUGCCGAAGAUGUUGGACGGCCUGAGGAAGGUGAACAAGAGCUAUCCUCUGUUGGGCACGCGCGUGGAGGAGAGCGGCGAGCACGUGGUGCUGGGAACCGGCGAGCUCUAUUUGGACUGCGCGAUGCACGACCUGCGUCGGAUGUACUCGGAGAUCGACAUCAAAGUGGCCGACCCGGUGGUCGCGUUCGCGGAAACCGUGGUGGAAACGAGCUCGCUCAAAUGCUUCGCCGAGACGCCGAACAAGCGGAACAAGCUGACGAUGAUAGCGGAGCCCUUGGAGAGGGGGCUCGCAGAGGACAUAGAAGCCGAACAUGUCCGCAUCACGUGGAACAAGAAGAGGCUCGGAGAGUUCUUCCAAACGAAGUACGACUGGGAUUUAUUGGCCGCCCGUAGUAUAUGGGCGUUCGGUCCAGAUUCCACCGGUCCUAAUAUCUUAGUGGACGACACUCUGCCUUCUGAGGUGGACAAGUCUUUGUUAAACAGCGCACGUGAUGCCAUCAUUCAGGGUUUCCAGUGGGGCACUCGCGAGGGGCCGUUGUGCGAGGAACCCAUCCGGAAUGUGAAAUUCAAAAUCCUCGAUGCGGUCAUCGCACAGGAGCCGUUACAUCGCGGAGGUGGUCAGAUCAUUCCUACUGCCCGGCGAGUAGCGUAUUCCGCUUUCCUCAUGGCCACACCCCGUUUAAUGGAACCCUAUCUAUUCGUCGAGGUGCAAGCACCGGCGGACUGCGUGUCCGCUGUUUAUACGGUCCUAGCGAAACGACGUGGCCAUGUCACACAAGAUGCACCGGUGCCAGGCAGUCCGUUGUACACGAUCAAGGCGUUUAUACCAGCGAUUGAUAGCUUCGGCUUUGAGACGGACCUGCGAACGCACACUCAGGGACAAGCGUUCUGCCUGUCAGUGUUUCACCAUUGGCAGAUCGUGCCCGGAGACCCUCUGGACAAGAGCAUCACCAUCAGACCGCUGGAACCUCAGCCGGCCACUCACCUGGCCAGAGAGUUUAUGCUGAAGACGCGAAGGCGCAAAGGUCUGUCCGAGGACGUGUCUAUUAACAAGUUCUUCGACGAUCCUAUGUUGCUGGAAUUGGCCAGGCAGGACGUGCUCUUGAAUUAUCCCCUCUAAUUUAAGAAUUAAUCUAGAGAUUUUGUGUACGUGUAAGCUAAUAAUUAGUAUAUGUUAGUAUAUAAAUUUUACGUAUGAUUCUGUACAAGUUUCACGUGUAAGAUAUAUCAUUAAGCAUUAAAUCUUUUUCUA